CACUCGUGACUUGCCUUGACUUUUGAUGUAUCUUGUUACAUCAGAUGCAUUAGUUCAUCCUACCCCCGUGAAUCCGUCAAUAUGGGUUCUGAGCGCACGGUUACUCCCAAUACACGCGACCCCCGUCUGAACAGACCGAUUCAGUCUACAGCAGCGUCUCUAGACACGCCAUCCCGUACAGUUGCUACACCCCCAACUGCUCCACGACAAUACUCUGUGCAGCCAGCAUACCCGGCGCCAACUGACGCCCGCGUUGAUAUUCCUGGCGACCAUUUCAUACGAGAUCUUUCCGAUUUUGUACAGGCCGCUGUUAAGUCUGCCACCCUAAAAUCAGAGAAAGAAUCACUAGAGAAGAGGAGGAGUAGCACUGAAACUCUCUUGAAGAAAGCCAAGUCUCACUCGAGUUUCCCUUCUACUGCUGCUUUCUUUCAGCAAACAUGGAACGAUGAAAGUGGUCAUCUGGCUCGUGUAGAUGGCGCGUUGAGGGAACACCGUUCGCGCUAUGAUAACUUAGAGAGAGCCUUAAAAGCAAAUUGGACGUCUUCCAUAACUUGCGGGCCUGAUCUAGGUGAGAAAUUUAAUCAAGUGAAGGAAGAUGUCGAAGCAGUCCAGCGGGAGGCUAGACGAUCCAAAGAUGAGACCUAUAACCUUCAGGAGCAUAACCGCUCUUUGGAGGAUAUGCUCAAGGCUCUCCAAGCCAGGAUGGCUAUAAUGGAGAAAUCACUCGAUAAUCACACGACGUCUUGGACCAAGCAAGCCAAAGACAACUUGUUUCGCUUCGAGCAAAUUUCCUCGGAAUUCGAGAAUCGCAUGGAAAGCGUUUCGACAAAAAUAGAGGAAAGCUUCUCGAUGAAACUUCAAGAGGAAGCAUGCGAAUGGCAGAAGCAGAAAUCAGCUCUUGAUCUAGAAAUCGAAUCAAUGCGAACGUCCCAGGAGAACAUUUCAGGUACUAUCGGCAAGGUCGAUCAAAGUAUUAAGGAGCAGCAACAGAAAGUAUCUCAUAUUGAGUUGCUGGGCCAAAGGCUGGAAGAUUUCAACACCCGUCUUGUUUCUUUGGAAUCGAUCAAGAGGGCACCAAACUCCACUGCGGCAAAUGAGUCGGCUCUGGACAAAGAUGCUGCGUCUCACCUCCAGACCAGAGUUCAAAGCUUGGAAGACGUGCUGAGGCGGUUGCAGGGCCUGCAGGAAAUGAAAGAUGACUUGCACUUUUCUGAAGUAGAAGACAUGAAAAAGGCAAUGGUGCAAGCCUCUGGGGAAUUAGAUGGCAUGAAGAAUAAUUACAAUAAGCUAUCUGACGAAAUGAAGAGCUUAUAUGAGACAAAUUCAGCCACUACUCUACAGCAAGUCGCCAAUUUGUCCGGCUCUCUACAGAAUACACAACAUUUGGUGGAGAGCGUUAAGGUGGGCUUGCAUUCUCUGGAAACCAGAUACAACACUCUCACCACAGAGCCAUUAGCGAGAAAUAUGGUCGCCGUAAUGCAGGAGAUGUAUCCUUCUGCUGGUCAGUUAAUAGAGCAGACUUCUUCGUUGAAAACUCUAGUUGAAAAUGAAAUAACCUCCCUCAAGAAGGGCCUGGAGAGCCUCUGGCAAAACCAAAACACUAUUCUCAGACAAACAGCACAGACGCAGCAGGAGGCGACUUCCCGGCUUGAUGAGCUAAACAGACUAAGGAACGACCAUACCAGUCUCUCUCAGUCACUUGCACCUCUUUGGGAACGUUAUAAUACACAAGAGCAGUCGCCGAGUCUAGACGAUCUUCGCAAAUUGCGCGCGGAACUCCACACUUUCUCUACAAAGUUCGAGGAAUACACAUCCAAACAAGAAUCCGAAGUCAAGUCACAAAAACAUUUGGAUGGUCGUUUCAUGGAAGAUCUCCGUGAAGAGCGUAAUAAGUUUGAUACUCGAGUCAGUCAAUUAGCCAGCAGACUUGAGAAGUUGGUAAAUGAUGUCGAAGAAGUGAGAUCUAUUAAUACGAGCAGUUUUACGAAAGUUGAAUCGUAUGCGAGUGACAUUGCAUCAUUGCGUGAUUAUAUUCGUGAGCUUGAGAAAACAACGUCAGAAAAACAUCAAGCUUUACUUGGCCAACUUGGCGAUAUCACGAAAGAGCACAGUACCUAUGGUACUGAUAUCGCAUCAUUAGUUAGCCGUAUAAGCGACCUUAAGCAGUCUGAGAAGCUCCGACACAAAGAAUUGCAUGAACACCUGGAUGAGCUUAAGAAAGUUGUGGAAGCCAAGGAACUUCAUCCUCGCAAAACGCCUCCAAUUGUGGUCGAGGACCGGGUUCUAGUACCCACAGACAGCAACUCCGCUAAUGCAGAAGAUGCCGCUAUGGUUCUGAACGUGGCGGAGAAUAAUCCUACGCUCGCGCUCCGAGAGAAGAAGAAAAAGAAGAAGCGACCUCGUCCCCAGGGGUUGUCUGAGGACGAGAAGUCUCCAAUAGUGCGACCCGAAUCCCCCAGGUCAUUCUCGUCUGCGGCUUCUCCAUUCGGCGCAGAAGACACACCUACAGAGAACACAAAACGACCAAAGAAAAAGAAGAAACGCAAAAUAGUAUCCACGGAGCCUAUACCCCUCGACUGAGCAGCAGUAUGAUGUGCAUUUAUCAUCAACACAUCGAUUAAAAAAAGAAAGGAAGGAAGGAAGAAAGAAAGAAAGAAAGAGAAAGACAUGCUGUUUUUGUAAACCCGUUGAUGCCGUAGUAAGAUUUCGGAGGGAAAGCUGUGGAGUUGAAGGCGCCUAACAAAAACAUACCUGCUGUACCUGUAAGGCGCAGCACCCGCUUGCCAGGAAACCUUGGAUACCUCUCAACAAGG